AUGUAUUUUUCUUCUGUGGCAUAUAACACCACACUUCAAACUCUUAAAGGGGAUUUGAAACAAUCGAUGCUCAAGAAGCAGAAUGUCGAGAAAACAGCCAUCAAACUGAUUCUUUCCACUGUAAAGAAUAACGAAAUUGAUGGAGCUAAACAAGAUGAAUUUGCACUUUUUAAAACAUUUCUGAAGAUGAUAAAGCAAAGGAAAACCUCUAGUGAAGAGUAUGCUAAACAAAAUCGCUCAGAUUUAGCAGAGGUUGAGAUAGCAGAGAUUCAAGUGAUUGAAAAGUACUUAAAUGAAUUACCUAUUGCCACCAAUGAGCAAGUUAAAGCCAGCUUAACGAAAUUUUUAACUGAGUUAAAGGCUCAAGAACCUGAUUUAAAGGUUAAUGGAGUUUUCAAAUUGAUUCUGCAAGAGUUGGCUCAAAGUUGGAAAACUUCACCAGAUUUGAUAAAGCCAUUGGUUCCUCAAGUUUUCAAAGAUGUUUAUUCCAAAUAG